GCAGGCUCUGUGUGGCAAAAUUGCAGUCGAAACACGGUGACGUUUGGAGUUUCCUAUCUCGACCUGUGUUUCGCCGAAUUGAUAACGGCGACCACACAACCGGAACGACCGGUUUUGGGAUUUCCCCCCAAUCGGAAACAGUUCGCGAUGGCGCUGUCAACGAACGGCUGUCACCAACCGAACUUCCAGCCAAACACCGGGAAUCUCGCAAUCAAUAAACAACCGAUUUUGUUCUUCGGAGGAGCCUUUAUGAUUUAGAUAGUGUACCUGUGCUGCUGCAGCUAUCCUUGCAAUCAACCGAACAAAGCGAUAGCAUGUACCACGAGAAACAGCAGCGAGAACUUUGUGCGUUGCAUGCACUAAACAACCUCUUCCAAGAUAAAACUUCGUUCAGCAAAUCGCAACUCGAUGAAAUUUGUCAAACACUAUCGCCCAACGAGUACAUCAAUCCGCACAGAUCACUGCUUGGACUCGGAAACUAUGAUGUUAACGUGCUUAUCGCUGCGCUUCACAUGAAAGGCUGCGAGGCGGUUUGGUUCGACAAACGGAAAGAUCCGUCGUGUAUCGAUACGUCCCAAAUUGUGGGGUUUAUAUUGAACGUUCCCACUACCUACAAGGUGGGGUUCGUUAAACUCCCAAUUCAGCGAAAACACUGGAUCGCUGUGCGACAAAUUAAUAACGAAUAUUGGAACCUGGACUCGAAGCUGGAUGCACCGCAGUGUUUAGGGAACGAAUCGAGCCUUCUGCAGUACCUUCGCGAACAGUUGACCAGCAACGAAAAGCAACUGUUUAUUGUUUGCACAAACGAAGUAGGAAAUACACAUCAAUGGCUACGACCGGAAGGGGAAACCGACCAGAGAUAAUGUUGGCUGAUGCAAUAAAGUUCAAAUUUUGGUA